AUGGACGGAGAAACACGCACAUACCUGGCUGGCUCGCCCAGUGGCGCCCUGCAGCGCCGGACGGCCCGAAUUGCGCUCGGCGCGCUUGAGGUGCUGGUCCGCAUCACCCAUUCGGGCGUCUGCGGCACCGACGCACACGACCGCACGGCAUCCUGCGGCCUCGGCCACGAAGGCGUCGGCGUCGUCCACCGUGUCGGGAGCGAAGUGACGGCUGUGCAGGUCGGCCAGCGCGUUGGUCUCACCUUCCAAACUCAUGCCUGCGGGUCCUGCGCCGAAUGCAUCGCCGGCUACCGCCAGUACUGCCACAAGUCCGUCGGCCAAAAGUACGGCGCCGAGGAGCACGGCACGUUUUGCGACUACGCCGUCCGCCACCAGGACUUUGUCAACCCGAUCCCCGACGGCCUGCCCUCUCACUACGCGGCGCCGCUCGUCUGCGCGGGCAUUACCGUCUACGAGGCGCUGCGGGCGGCCGACGUCACGGCCCGCGACCGCGUGGGCGUCGUCGGCCUCGGCGGCCUGGGCCACUGCGCGGUGCUCUACGCCAGGGCCAUGGGCUGCGCCGUGUCGGUGUUUUCGGCGAGCGACACGAAGCGGGCGGACGCGCUGGCCAUGGGUGCGUCGGCGUUUCAUGUGCUGGACACGACGACGACCGCGGACGCGGCCGCCACGCCACCGCCACUGGCGCUCGAUGUGUCCUCCAAGGUGGACGUCCUGCUUCUGUGCGGCGGCGCCGUCACCGACUUUGGCGUUCUCCUGCCUCUUCUCGCACGCCGCGCCCGGGUCGUGCCGGUUGUCAUACAGACAAAGGACAUUACCGUGCCAUACAUGCCGUUCAUUUUGCCGGGCAUGAAGAUUAUCUUCAGCUUAGGCGCCACGAGACAAAACGAGCAGGACGCUCUCAAGUUUGCGGCGCGCCACAAUAUCCAGCCGUGGAUCCAAGAGUAUCCCAUGUCCGAAGAGGGGCUGACCGAGGCCUUUGCGGCGUUGGCCGACGGCACGAUGCGGUACCGUGCGGUGCUGAGCAAAGAGCUGGGCAAUGCGUUUUCUGCGUAG